AUGAAAAUAUAUUAUAUCUUGAGAUUACAAAAGCGCUGGAACUGGAUUGUUUACAAAACAAACAUGGAAGACGCAGAACCGAAAACAGACAAGAAAAAUUGCACGUUUUUAUUUAAAAGAAGGAAAAUUCGAAGUGCUGCAACCAGGAAACGCAAAGCAACGAGCGACGAAGACGAGAGCAGCGAGGAUGAAACUACGGUAGUUAAGAAAGAAAAAAAACAGGAUGAUCACAAUCCUAUGAAACAAAGCACUAAUACAAGAAGAUUGAAAAGUCAGCAGAAAGCUAGCGACAAUGAUAACAGUGAGGAUGAAAGCGUUACAGUUUCUUACAAGAGUAGCAGAACCCCUAUGCCAGCUGGACCAAGCGAUCAAAGGGCAACAGCAAUUUUGGAAACAGAGACAGAAAAGGACAAAGAUGCUCAGGCUUUGUUUGAAAAGGCUCAAAAAAUAAAUGAAGAACUGGAAGGAAAGGAAGAUGAUAAAAUUUACAGGGGUUUGAACAAUUAUGCUCAAUACUAUAAAAAGAAAGAUACUGCAGCUGGAAAUGCUUCCAGUGGUAUGGUACGUAAGGGACCAAUUCGUGCGCCAUCUAAUCUAAGAGCAACCGUUAGAUGGGAUUAUCAGCCAGACAUAUGUAAAGAUUACAAGGAAACUGGAUUUUGUGGUUUUGGAGAUAGUUGUAAAUUUCUUCACGACCGGUCCGAUUAUAAAUUAGGCUGGCAAUUGGAAAGAGAAGCUGCUACAGGAGAAUAUAACAAUAGCGGUGAUGAGGAUGAUAAGAAAUACGAAAUCGACAGCGACGAAGAAACAUUGCCGUUUAAAUGUUUCAUUUGUCGGAACAGUUUUACCGAUCCCGUUAUUACAAAAUGUAAACAUUAUUUUUGUGAAAAAUGCGCUUUAGAGCAUUACAAAAAAAGCACAAGAUGUUAUAUAUGCAAUGUACAAACAAACGGUGUAUUUAAUCCAGCUAAAGAGUUAAUUGCACGGACAAAGAUGGAAGAGAAAGAAAGAGCGGCGGCAGAAGAAGACGAAGUUUCCGAUGAAUAAUAAAGCGCUUAUUUUUCUAACAAACGAUAGUAUUUCCUAUUGAACGUUAUAAUCGUUUAGACAAGGGAUGAGCAACCUUUUUUUUAAAUUAUAACUUUACAGGCCAUCAAAUUCUAUAUAUACUGAAACUCUUACUUCCUGAAUUUGAAUACACGCAUAUUAAAGUCGGCCGAACAACUGUCUAUUAUCUUUACCCUUAUCGUCCAUUAAUUUAUUUGUAAAUCAGUUGAUAAAAUAACAACUGUGUCCAGUGAGAAAUAAAGAGAAUGAAAUAUA